AUGACGAUCGAUACACAGCAGCAGAAAACAAGCAAGUUCCGAUGGGGAGAGAUGGACGAAGACGACGAUCUCGAUUUCCUUCUCCCUCCCAAACAAGUAAUCGGUCCCGACGAGAACGGAUUAAAAACAGUGGUCGAGUACAAGUUCAACGACGAAGGCAACAGAGUCAAGAUCACUACCAAGUCACGUGUCCGUAAGCUAGCUUCCGCGAGGCUCAACAAACGUGCUAUUGAGCGGAGGAGCUGGCCUAAGUUCGGAGAGGCAGCUAAUGAGGACGCUGGUAGCCAUCUCACAAUGGUUUCGACGGAGGAGAUUGUUUUGGAACGACCUAAGGCUCUUGGUGCCAAAGCAGAAGACACAAAGGAAGACGGCUUGUCUCAGCUGACUAAACCUGGUGCAGUCCUCAUGGUUUGCAGGACAUGCCGCAAGAAAGGUGAUCACUGGACAUCAAAGUGUCCUUACAAGGAUCUAGCUGCACCAGCCGAUGUCUUUGAGGACAAGCCACCCACAGGGGAAACAUCUACCGCAUCCGUUGCACCUGGACCUGGCAAGUCCUCUUAUGUCCCGCCUAGCAUGAGACACGGUGCGGACAAAAACGCUAUGGGUUCGGACAUGAGGAGGAGGAACGAUGAGAACUCUGUCCGUGUCACUAACUUGUCUGAAGACACUCGUGAGCCUGAUUUGAUGGAGCUUUUCCAUCCGUUUGGAGCUGUCACGCGUGUCUAUGUGGCGAUUGAUCAGAAAACUGGAGUGAGCAGAGGGUUUGGUUUUGUUAAUUUCGUGAGCAGGGAAGACGCUCAGAGAGCAAUCAACAAGUUGAAUGGUUAUGGUUAUGAUAACCUCAUCCUCAGGGUUGAGUGGGCUACUCCAAGACCCACACAGUAA